CAGGAAUUUGAUAUGUACAUAUCCCCAGGCCCGUUUAGAAAUAUUUUGGGCUUUAAGCCUGUUGCUUCUGUUUAGCCAAUGCACUUUCCGCCCAACCCUUCAUCGCAGUUUUCUCGAUUCUCUUUGAUCAUCCACCAAAACACCGCAAAUAUUCCUUUUAUUAGACCAAUUUCCUGAACAGAAUGAACAAGAAAUGAGAAAACAGAAUACUCAAGAAAUUGAAAAUCCGUCAAGAAAAUCUGAAGGUAAAAUCGUAGAUGGGACAAAUGACAAAAAGUAAAGGCAAAAAGGAAGUAAAAGAAGAAAUUGAAAAGGAAGAAGAAAAUGAAGAAGAAGAAGAGGAGCAGGAGCAAGAUGGAGUUUCAGUUCAUUCUCCUUGCAAGAUCAACUCUUCCUCACUCCUCAAGGAGAAAUCAGAGGUUGAAAUGGAGCUGAGAUUACUUCAAGCCCUUGAAAUAUAUCCACCCUCCAAAUUACGAGGCGUACACCGUCACUUUGUUCUUUAUGGUUUAACCGAAUUCAUGCGCAAAAGUUUCAACCGUCCAUUUACAGCAGAAGAUGUUCUAAAGUUGCUCGAGCGGUUUUUCAACCUUGAAAUGGUGAAGCCAGAUGAUGAGGAUGCAGACUUUCUGACUCACGAGGAAGAAUUUUGCCUGCCACAGAGUUUUUUGCCUGAGGAAGAAAGCUGAAAUAAACAAUCAUCUCAAAGAGAAUAGUUUCGUUCUUGGGAGUUGUUUAUACGUCUUCAUUCUGCUGUUCUUUGAUCCUUGCAUGUUUUCGGCUUCCCAGCCAUCGUAGUUUUAUAUUAGUGUUUGAAAAGCAUCGGACUUUAAGAUUUUAAGCUCAGCACAUAUGGUCAUGCUCUAAUUUUAUUAAUUACGUGUGUUUUAAGCUCAGCACAUAUGGUCAUGUUCUUUGAAUCUGAUGUUUUUCAAUCUGUUUUGAGCAAAUUUAAAUUUGCUCGAGCGAAAACAAGAAAAUGUAUUCUCUUGCAAUUGACUCUUAACUUAAAUCUCAAC